GUCCGCCGUGCACAUAGUGGUUAGCUUGGUAAUCUUCUUUCAAGGGCACAAGAACCUCCCCUUAAGGGAGCCUGUGUGCUGUCUUGUUAAGCUACUGCUCUGCCUCUGUCUCCCUGGAAAGCUGUUAGCUGAUAUGCUGCCCUGCCGCGCUAUGGAACAGGUCUUUGGAAGUCGCAGGGGGUGACAAUGAACUGCACCCACUCAUUCAGACCAUCGCAGUGCAGAGACUCCCAGGCUGCCAGCUGAGCUGCGUCACCAUCACACCACGCCACAAGGUCUGCAGAUACUGCAGUGUGUAGGUCAGCCGUGGGAGUCUAGCAGCUGCGGGGAGUCACAAAGCUUUCAAAGAAGGAAGCUACUGGCUUUGCUGCUCUACGGGCUUUGUGCAGUGUGCCACAGUGGCCCUGCUGGUGGUAUUCGAGUUCCUGAUGGCCUAACCAGAGAGGGAAGUGGGACGUAUGUAAUAAAACAGCUCCACACUUCCUUGCAGUAAAUGUAUUAAUCUUGUAGACUUUAAAAGUUCAUUAUGAAAAUAGUUCUCAAAUAAAAUUAGCUACUGGAAAAAAAUGAAAAGAAACUGUAUGACUAUCAGGUAUAAUGUCUACAUAUAUGAGUGUGAAGCAAAAUAUACUUAUAACAAGAUUAAAAUGCAAUAAUCACUAGAGAGAUCUGCACUGGAUCAGCAAAAUCUUAAUACAGUAAUUCUUAAGAAUUCUUAAGAAAAUGUUAAAGGACAACUUUGGUUCACACUGAGCCCAAACAGCUGCAGUAUCCCUUAGCUUGUGCAGUUAGACUGAGUUUCCAGUUUCAUCCAUUAGUCCUAAUGUUUAAGUUCAAUAAUUUUAUUCUUGUAAAUCAUACAAGUCCAUUCACGCACAUGCAUAGGUGUUUUAUAUGUGUUUUAGAAUUAUACAAUCACUUACGUAAAUUCUUUAUUCAGUGGUAGAAUAACACAGCUGUUUUGGGAACGUGAGUAAGUCACAACAUCACCGGAAGUGACAGAGCAGUUAGAAGUAACUCUGUCAGCCCCAGGACAGCACCUGGGCCUCUACCUCAGAGUUCAUCAGGCUCGGCCAUGGAGUCGCCUGGGGGACUAGCCCACCGACCCAAAAGGACAUUUGGGUCUACGGCGGAACCCCCCCGCUACCAGGACCUGCACCGGGAGCUGCUUCUCACUCACAAACGGGGAUUGUCUUCAGGGGCCAAGCCAGAGCUCCAGCAGCGCCUGGAGCAGCGGCGACUGAAUCAGCACCGGGAGCAGGAGCAGGCGUUGCAGCCACUCUCUGAUCUGGAGCAGGAGCUGCAGAAACGACAGAAGAAAAUGCAGCAGGAUGAGCUGGAAGCGAUGAAGAGCAGGCAGGACCAGGAGAAUGCUCCAGAGUUUGUGCGUGUCAAGGAGAAGCUACGCCAUAUCCAGCUGUCUGAGCAAUAAUGCCCCCAGAAUCCCAUAAUACCCUGACAACUGCUGACAUCACAACCACUGGCCUGCUCAAAAAAAUGUCUCCUUAUGGUAUUAGUGGCGGACCCUGACAGGGGUAAGAUGGGCAGUGACCCAGGGCAGCGUCCUACGAGGGGGCGGCAACUUAGCAAACCGCUGGCGUCAAACUGCCACCAAUUUUACAGAUUACAUGUGGGGGGUGCCAGGAGUAAAGCUUGCCUGAAGGCCAAGUCAUACUUUACUUUUCCGACGUGCGCUUUCAGUUGCAUGGGGGACAUAACGUAAAUAUCGUCAUCAGGGCUUGGCUGCGGUCGUGGCACGUGUAGACCAUAUUUUUAUAUCUAGCGGAAAACUUGCGCGUCGACUGCGCAUGUGCAAGAUAAUUGACUAGGUAUAUCUAGUAGGUAGGAAAAAACUUUCCCCUUUCAAUUUGUUCAGCUCAAAACAAUAAAUAUCAAUUGUUCUGGAAAGCUAUUUUCAUCUAUAUUUGUUUAAGAUUAAUGAUAUAUUACUACGGAGCCCCUAAGAGGUCAGGGUUUUUUUUAUGGUUUUACGUUCCCUCGCAAUAGUUUUCGGGUUCUAAUAAUAACAGUACUGUGUCAGUUUAAGGUACAAAGCUUAGAAUUAAUUGACUAAUAAAUAUAAACCUAGACGAUACAUGUCCAGUGUAGUAUAUAGGAUCGCAAAACUAUUUCAUCACAAGAAUCGAAUAGUACUUCCAAUGAGAAACGUGAUCGGGCAGAGGUAAAUGUUAAACAUAUUUACUUACAAACUUUGUUAGACAAAUCCUACACAGUUAAGCAGAUUUACAAAAGAAAGUUAUGUUUAUAGUGUUAAAAACCUGAGAACACCUGCAACUUGCGGUUUUAAACCGUAUCUCCUGCUUUUGCGUAAGCUUCAUUCAGACCUAGGAGACGACAUCGGCCCUUUACUGGUCUGGAGGAAUAUCUUUGCAGUACGAAUGCGCCGACCGCAACCAUCCACAAACUGCGGCGCGGACAACCGUCUCAAGACCGGAAGCGCACGAAAGCGGAACUAGACGCCACGUGGGCUUCCACCAGUACUGUGUGACAUAACAGCUGGGGGCGUGCAUUUGCAGCAUCAAACUUUUUCCUGCUGACCUCAUAA